GCGAGGUCAUGACAGUACAGGUGUAACUGACAGAGUGGUCAAUCAGUUACUAACACAACUGGAUGGAGUGGAGUCUCUAGAUGGGGUAUAUGUGUUGGCUGCUACCAGCAGACCUGAUUUAAUUGACCCAGCUCUACUGAGACCUGGUCGAUUGGAUAAAUGUCUCUACUGCCCUCUACCAUCGCAGGACGAGAGAUUAGAGAUCAUCCAGGCACUGUCAACAAAUUUAGAAUUAGAUGAAGAUGUGGAUUUAUCAGUGUUAGCAGAUCAGUGUGAUGGAUUUACUGGUGCGGAUUACAAGGCUCUACUCUACAAUGCACAGCUGGAAGCAAUCCAUGGAUUAAUUGACAAUAAAAGAUCACAAGACUAUGAGAUGGAACCAUUCAAUGAUCGAAUUCCGGAGAAAAUGAGUCCUAAAGACUGGCAGCUAACAUUCUUUGAGAGCAUGGAGCAAUAUAGCGAAACCGGGAAAGCAAAAAGUGGGAAUGAUGAUGAUGUUGCUGCUGCUGCUGCUGCUGCUACUAUGGCAACCGAUCAAGAUCUCGGUAGAUCCAUAACUGAGCCCUGGCAGUUUGCCAAUGUGCAGCUAGAUAACCAUGGCAACGUGACUGUCAAUGGGAAGAACAAUGCUCUGCCUAAAGAAGACACUGAAUUCGGAGGGAAGCAGAAAGUUGUGUACAUGCCAACUGUGAGAGAUGGUGUAGUGGAUUCUGCUAGCAUUGUACCGGACUCCAUCAUGACAGAGCUGAACAUCAUUAGAAGAAACUACAACCAACAAGAAUCAAGAUCAAAUAAGACGAACGAUGCUGAUUCGAGACAAAUGAAGUCUAUAAACAUAAGCCAAGACCAUUUACUGAAAGCGGCAAGCUCCAUGAGACAGUCAGUGUCUCCUAGUGAAAGAAGGAGAUAUCAACUUAUUUAUGAAAGCUUUGUGAAGUCAAGAGAAGGAAAUUUUCCUCGUCAACAGUCAACAGAAGGCAAAAGAGCUACUCUGGCAUAGUUACAAGAAUUCAAAAUGGAUGCCAGUUAGAGAAGCAGUAUGGGAGGAAAUUUAUUUGGCUGGAAUGUUUUUUUCCAAAACUAUUACAAUCACUUUAACAAGAACACAAUCCCUGCUAUUAAAAAAAUGCCUUGUUAGUAACAUGUGCUGCUUAACAAGAGUACAUUGUAUGAAUCAAGUAAUGGAUGAAAUGGCCACCUGUAGGCCAUUCUACAUCAAAAUUACAAUUAAAAAGAGUUCUCUGGUUGCUAAGUCGGCAUGCACAUAUACUGUGUGGAUGGGUGGGGAUGGAACGGUAUCGCACAUAUGUAGUUUUUAUGCAUAUCUUUUAUAUUGUUGUAAUACUUUUUUAUAUCUUUGUUAAAUGCCUUGGUUGUCUUUAAAAGGAUGAAUUAUUUUCAAAAUGUCUGUAAAAUGCGAGAAACAUAUUUUUGUAUUCAUGCAAACUUAAUGAA